GCUCCCCUGAGCAGGGCACUCUCGGGGACUCCUGCCCCGCCGACCCUGGCCGCCAGGGGGUGCCCCAGGGGCGUAGCGCCGAGAGGAGAAGGCAAGGGGGACCAUGCGGCGCCUGCCUCGCCGCCUGGUGCUGCCGAUCUUCGGAGUGCUGUGGAUCACCGUGCUGCUGUUCUUCUGGGUAACCAAGAAGAAGUUGGAGGUGCCGACGGGACCUGAAGUGCAGACCCCCAAGGUUUCGGAUACUGACUGGGAUGACCUGUGGGACCAGUUUGAUGAGCGGCGAUACCUGAAUGCCAAGAAGUGGCGUGUCGGGGACGAUCCCUAUAAGCUGUAUGCUUUCAACCAGCGGGAGAGUGAGCGGGUCGCCAGCAACCGGGUGGUCCCGGACACUCGCCUUUUCAGAUGCACCCUGCUGGUGUACUGCGCAGACCUUCCUCCCACGAGCAUCAUCAUCACCUUCCACAACGAGGCCCGCUCCACCCUGCUGAGAACCGUCCGCAGCAUAUUAAACCGCACCCCUAUGAAUCUGAUCCAGGAAAUCAUAUUGGUGGAUGACUUCAGCAAUGACCCUGAGGACUGCAAACAACUCAUCAAGCUGCCCAAGGUGAAAUGCUUACGCAAUAAUGAGCGGCAAGGUCUGGUCCGGUCCCGGAUCCGGGGUGCUGACGCUGCCCAGGGGACCACCCUGACUUUCCUUGACAGCCACUGUGAGGUGAACAGGGACUGGCUCCAGCCUCUCCUGCACAGGGUCAAAGAGGACUACACGCGGGUCGUAUGCCCUGUGAUCGACAUCAUCCACCUGGACACCUUCGACUACAUCGAGUCGGCCACGGAGCUCAGAGGGGGCUUUGACUGGAGCCUCCACUUCCAAUGGGAGCAGCUCACGCCAGAGCAGAAGGCUCGGCGCCUGGACCCCACUGAGCCCAUUCGGACUCCAAUCAUAGCUGGAGGGCUCUUUGUGAUGGACAAAUCCUGGUUUGACUACCUGGGGAAAUACGACACGGACAUGGACAUCUGGGGUGGAGAGAACUUUGAAAUCUCCUUCAGAGUAUGGAUGUGCGGGGGCAGUCUGGAGAUCGUUCCCUGCAGCCGCGUGGGCCAUGUCUUCCGCAAGAAGCACCCGUAUGUCUUCCCGGAUGGAAACGCCAACACGUAUAUAAAGAACACCAAGCGGACAGCCGAAGUGUGGAUGGACGAAUACAAGCAGUACUAUUAUGCUUCCCGGCCAUUUGCCCUGGAGAGGCCCUUUGGAAACAUCGAGAGCAGAUUGGACCUGAGGAGGAACCUGCAGUGCCAGAGCUUCAAGUGGUACCUGGAGAAUGUCUAUCCAGAACUCAGAAUACCCAAGGACUCCUCCAUCCAGAAGGGCAACAUCCGACAGAGGCAGAAGUGCCUGGAGUCUCAAAAGCAAAAGGACCAAGAGAUCUCCAACCUCAGGUUAAGCCCCUGUGUCAAGAUCGAAGGCAAGGAUGCAAAGUCCCAGAUGGAACGGAGGCCUGCAGAGAUUGUUCCAGGUCAGAUGCUCGUCAGUGAGGAACGCAAGAUCUGCAAAAUCUGGCCACCACACCACAGCUCUGCUGAGGCUGCCGCUGCUGCUGGAUCCUGGCUGGUUCCAGGGCCCUUUUAUUGAGGAGGUGGCUCUGGACCAUUCUAAGAUCAGUGCCUGUGCUUGGGCACCAACUUAGCUCCAUGCCUGCUGCCUUCAGUGCUUUCGCUCCUUCAGUUGUCUGCAUCUUUCCUGUCUGCUUGUCCAUCCAGCACAGGGUAGAAGCCCCACGCUGAGUGCUGUAGCCAGAUGGGCAUUUGCUCGGGAAAAGUCAACCACCCCACUGACAGCCCAUCCUGGUCCCCACCCGCCCAGGCAUCUCCCGAGGCCUCCUCUAAGCUCAGAAGGCCUUAAGACUGCCCGGCCUGGCCCAUCCCUUCCCCAUCAUCAAUACUGCUUUUCCAGGGCAGGAGCCAUAGGGCUGGAGGGCCAGAAAUGGACCCCUUGCCCUCCUCAGCCCCUUACCAGCCUAUCCCAGAAGGGGCCAGGCUGCCCACACUGCCUCCAGGAUGGCCCCUGGCUGACCUUCCAGGGGUGUGGCCAUGUCUGUGUGCAUUGGGAGUGGGGGCUAUUCUCUGCCAGUCCCUCCAGUGGAGCCAUCCGUGCUCACCAGUCGAGGCCAGGCCAGCCUGAGCCACCAGAGCUGCCUUCUUGAAUUCAGUUCUGACUCCAAGAAUCAUUUAAUGAACCCAUUCAUCACUGGCCAUUCUCAGAAGCCUGACAGGCCGCAGAAUGGGAAUCGGAAAACCUCUCCCUGCUUCCUGCCCCACCUGCUCCUGUGUUCUGCUCCCCACUCCUCUCGUCUCCUGCAGAUGUAGCCAUGGAGCUGUGUUCCUCUGGGGGAACUGUGAGGCUGAAUUAUUUCAAUGCCAGUAAAACAGCAGCUAACGGCAAGUCUGCUCUGUGAAAGGACUUCGAUCCCUGUCUGUGCUUGUGCAUAUUCUCCUUGGGGUGGAGGUGGGGGUGUUUCUCUAUGUGGCUUCCUAAGCCCCCAGCCCCUGGGUACCAUAUGCAUUCCUUCCCAGAAAGCACUUGUGGAUGGGGUAUCUCAGAGUCAAAAGGACCACUACCCAUCCACCCACCCACUCCCACACCAUCCCCAGUAUUUCUGGUCUUUGAAGCCCCUAGGACAGCCAGAAAGAAAUGCCCAAAUGGGAAAUUCCAGAAAUUGUGGUAUAUUUCUAAGUUUUUAUGUUUUAUCAGUUAAUGCCUUUAACAUAAAAAACACAAAGCCAGUGUAUUGUUGUGAUCAUAAGAUAAUUACAGGGCUUAUUUUUACAAUGCUAAUUCAUGGUUCACUGCAAGCUGUGUGGUUGGGUAAUAGGACAGAAGGAUGAGCCUUAUCUUUCGGUGACUGUGUGUUGAGCCUCAUUUCUAGGCAAUUCAGAGGUUUAAUGUGGAGCCCGGGGCAAAUGGCACCUAGGCAGCCCUGCCCUUGAACCUGGGCCCUUCUCUCCCCUCCCCAAGGAAUUUUCUGGGCCCAUGCCCAGGACCUGCAACCACCUUCUAUGUCACACUUUAAAUGUGAUGGACCCAGAACCAACCACCCAAAUGACCCGAGUCUGAUUUCAGGGCCUGCAUGGAUCUCUCUCUCUUUCCUGGGUCUGUUUCAGGGGGUGGACCAUGUGCCAAGCGUAGACAGUUGGGCUCUCAGGGGCCCAUUUCCUGAGGAGUGACCAAGCGGGAGACGCAGGUUGGGAGCUCACAGCGGAGACAGAGGUGGGGUGGAAAGAAAAGAGGGG